AUCCCCCCCUAUAGAGGUCAGACGGGUGAGGGCGGUUUAGACCCCAGAUAUUGGUGAGAAAGGUGAGCAGGGAUGCGAGGUGGGGUGCUGUACUUUGGAGUGAUUGAAGGUGGGGUGCGGUGCUGGUGGUUGGUAUGAGGAGGACUGUGUGAGGGCAGGGAGGCACAUGAUGCUGCAUGGAGUGCCUGAUGCCGCCCUGCCCCUGCUCCUCUGCCAUUCCUGCUUGGCUGCAACCUUUGGUGAGUUGUGGACAUAUCUGGGGUGCCUGACUGUUUUGAGUAUUCACUGACUGUGUGAGGGGGUCCCAGACCCCAUGCACAGAGGUGCGAGGGAGGUUUACAGCUCAUCUAAAGAGGGCAAAUAGGUGAGGGGGGUUCAUGCCCCAGCUGUAGAUGUGAGGCAGGUGAGAGGUGGUUCUGACCCCAAGUACACAGGUGAGACUGGUGAGAGGGGGUUCUGACCCCAAGUACACAGGUGAGACUGGUGAGAGGGGGUUCUGACCCCAAGUACACAGGUGAGACUGGUGAGAGGGGGUUCUGACCCCAAGUACACAGGUGAGACUGGUGAGAGGGGGGUUCUGACCCCAAGUACACCUGGAAUGUGGUGCUGGCGGUGGGUGUGAAGAGGACUGUGUGAGGGCAGGGCUGUGGUCGGCACAUGAUGAUGCUGCAUGGAGUGCUUAAUGCCACCCUGCCCCUGCCCCUCUGCCUUUGAAUGGAGUGGUGUCUGCUGCACAUGCCAUGCAUCACUGGUGAGUUGCAGCCUGUUUCAUAAUGUCUAGUGUUGGAUAAUAGCAGCAGAUGGGGUGGGGUCGGGUCGGGUCAGGUGGUGAGGCGUGAGACAGGCUGUUUUGUAACAGGUUGUCCUUGUGCUUUCCUGGUGAGAUGAGACUUGAGGGGGUGAGACCUGAGGGAGUGAGGCUAGAGGUGACGCAAUUGAAAGAGGGUCUGGCUGUAGGGCUGAGAGGUGAGCAGGUGUGGGUGGUACAAGGCGGGGUGUGGUUUUGGCGCAGUUGCUGUGGUUCUGGUGGUUGGUGUGAGGAGGACUGUGUGAGGGGGUAUACGAAUGGGCCAUGGCAAUGUGGUGGUGAUGCGUGAGACACGCUGUCCCGAUGGCGUCUUGAUGCUGUCCUGAGAAAAUGAGACCUGAGGGGGCGAGCCCAGGGCGGUUGAGAACUGAGGGGGUGAGACCCGAAGGGUGACAGGGUGUUAUGGGGCUUUAAGGAGAUGUCAGGAGGAGUUGACGAAUGCAGGGAGGAACCUGAUUUGUUGCUCUAGCUUCCCUCAAGUGGUCCAACAAGGCAGGGGAAUUGAUCCCAUAUUGCUCCUGACCCUGUACCAUGGAAGAGGUGGCUCCUUGCAUGCAACUAGUCUCUAGUUACUCAUGUUUUGAGAUUCAGCAGUGAAGUUGGCGGGAGUUACGUUGCUCCUUCGCGGCGCAGACUUUCGCAUUGGCCCUCGAGUGCGCUUACCCUAACGCCUGCUACUCUUAUCACUAGUGACGCCAAGAGCGAUGCUAGGCGUGAGUAUAGGAGUACGCAUUCCGUCGCCUGAACCAGCCGGUUAUGACAUCUAAAACGCGUUUCUGGCGCUGCACAGCAGUAGCUACAGUAUGCUGUGGAAGUACUCGUUAAUAAGUACUCGUUUAAGACUGAUUCAAGUGUCGCGUUAACCUCCUGGCGUAUCGUAAACUCGUCGAAAUGGAGAUGAAAUCGAAGUCGCUAUUUGACGAUGUAUACCAGAAUUUAGAAUGUAGGAUGCCUGUCUAAGCUUUAACGAUCUGUCGCUUAGUGACCGUCGCUCGAUUAACCGUCGCUUAGUAAACCGUCGCUUAGUAGACCGUCGCUCAGUUAACCAUCGCUCAGUGAACCGUCACUCAGUGAACCGUCGCUCAGUGAACCGUCGCUUGGUGAACCGUCGCUCGGUGAACGUCGGUCGGUGAACCGUCGCUCAGUGAACCGUCGCUCAAUGAACCGUCGCUUAGUGAACCGUCGCUUAGUAAGCCAGUUGUGAUGGCGACCGGAUCCAAGGCCGUUUCGGAUGCCACGUGGCAUAAUCUAGGCGUGGUCACCGGCUCGCUGUUUGCCGUCAUCCUCGCCGUUGCUUUUCAUCAGCAUCAUUCCUCGACCGUUGAUCAGCUCAAAUCGUUGCUGCACGAAUCCAGGGACCGGGCGGGUGACGUAGAUGCGGCUUUAAGAGGCAUUCAGGCGUUGCUAACCAACCCUUCCGGCAAGGCUUCUAACACUCAAGGCCAGGUUCAUCUGAACCAGCGGUGCAUCCUGGCCGUUGAUCACGGCAGCAUCAACGCCUCCCUGCUUGCUGACACAUCAUCGCCCGACUACCUGGAGGACAACGCCAAGCACCUCCCCUCGUGGCUCUCCUCCCAACUUAUUAACCAGCUGUACGCUGAGCGCCACGGGUACACCUUUUACUCGCUGGACGCCAUCACACCUGCGCUGAUAGGUGAAGGCAUCGACCCUAGCAGCAUCAACAGAAUCGCCUUCAUCAACAGGCAAUUAGCCUGCUGCUGCCGGUGGGUGCUAGCGCUGUUAGACGGCGCAUACAUACGCAUGGAGCAGCACAGCCUCCCAGUGGAGCAGUGGGCCGCAACCCUCGGCGAGAGAGACACCUUUGCGUGGAUCACGCGGUCGGGAAUAGACAUGGACAACCAGACGUGGUUCCCCUCAGACCCUGCUGCGCUAGUGGGGGAAAAGGACUCCCAGCAGCAGGGGGAGGGGGGGGCGUAUCAGCGGCAGGAGAAGCAGGGGGCGAAGGGAAAGGAAAGUUUGCGGUGGAAGCAGGGUGGUCCAGGGGAGUCGGCGGAUGAGGGGGGGAGGGAGGGGAAGGGGAAGGGGCGGGGGCUGAUAGGGCUGGUGGGGAGAUCGGGGGAUGGGGUGUAUGGGCUGGCGGGGAAGGCAGGGACUCUGUUCCAUGAGAGCGUGCCUUUUGUGGGCAACGCGGCUGUGCUGCUCACACACAGUGGGGACACCUUUAAGUUCCUGUCGUUAUGGCAGGCCAAGUCUGCAGCGACAGGGUGGGAUUUUACGGGCCUCCAGGCAGCAGUGAGGGAGUUUGCCGACCAGAUCGCCAUAGUGCCGCACCUGGAGAUGGGCGGAUUGCACAGCCGUGCCAUUAGGUAUGCAUAUUUUGGCAGCAACCAGGAAGAUGCCAGGAAGGUGCUUGCCACAGCUCUGCUUGCUGCCGUGGAGUUUCACCAGGCGUGGAAGGACAGCGUUGAGGCAGAGUGAUUUGCAGUGGUGUACAGUGAUUCAUAAGGAAAU